AUGGCGCCAAGCGUCAGUGUGCAGCUGGAAGAGAGCGUGCGGGCGCUGGCGGCGGCCAAGGACCGGGUGGCGGACGAGGGCCCCGAGGCCUUCGAGGCCUUCCGCAAGGCGGUGACGCAGGCCUCGCGAGGUCGGGAGGCGCCGCCUGCAAAGCUGCUAGGGCCCUUGGAGUGCAAGGAGGAGGUGAUCAACUUCCUCGUAGCGCUGCAUGCUUCGAAGAAGAUGUACCGCCGACAGAUCGUGGCCGUCAUGUCCGUGCUGAUGCACGAGAGGCCCUGGUUGGAGACUCUCCUUCAGAUCGAAGGUCUCAAGGAGAGGCUCCCGGAGGAUCUCCGCACCAUCGUGGAGGACGAGCUGAAAAAUCCGCCUGAGGUCGAGGCCGAGGAGCCGGAAGAGCCCGAGGAACCGGAGGCGCGGUUACGAGACGAGUCGCCAAGCGCAUGGAUGCGACUUGCAGGCGGGUCCAGCGCAGGCCAAGCGCCGCUCUUCACGGCCGGGGAGCCUGGAAGGGAUGCGGCCGGUCGUUUCAGGCGCCCGGCCCGGAGCAUGACUUGGGAAGUGAGCAUGCAGGCAUCACUUUCUUUGCUCCGCGCCAUGUCCACGCCUCUGCUGGAUGAUGGCAUGGUGUACCGCACCUCGUCGUGGAAGGAGAAGUUGGUGGAUGAAAUGAUCAAGGUGCGCGAUCUCCCAGAGCCUGAGGAUGGUGAGCUGGAGCGACGGUUGAACGCCACAGAGCUCACGCUGCUGGGUAUCGGUGCCUGCAUCGGUGCGGGGGUCUUCGUGCUCACUGGCGCAGAAGCCCGCAUAGCCGGGCCCUCCGUUGCCGUGUCCUUCCUGCUGGCGGGCAUCUCUUCCAUCUUCAAUGGGCUUUGUUUCGCCGAGCUCGCCACGCGGCUGCCUGUCUCGGGCUCCGCUUACCUCUAUGUCUACUGCAUGUUUGGGGAGCUGCCCGCGUUGAUGCUGGUGGUGAACCAGCUGGUGGACUACCACAUCGGGGCUGCCACGCUGGCACGGAGCCUUGUGGCCUAUGUGGCAGAGGCUAUGAGUCAAGUCGGGUUCCCGUUCCAUGAGUGCAUCUCCGGAUGCCAGCCCUUCGAAAGCAUGCCCUGGGUGGAUCUGUCGCUGGGCGCUCCGCUGGUUUUGGCCUUUGUGGCUAUGGUGGUGUCGAGGGGAGCCGAGACCAACGCUGUGGUCACCUCCUUCGUGACCCUGGUGAAGAUUGCAGUCGUCAUUGUGGUCAUUUUGGUGGGGUAUCAAAGGAUGCAAGUUCAGUACUUGCAGCCCUUCUUUCCCUAUGGCGUCUCAGCCACCAUCCAGUCGGCUGCAACGCUGAGCUACGCGUUUAUCGGCUAUGACGUGAUCGCCAACGCUGCCGAGGAGUGCCAAGACCCUGCGAGGGACCUGCCUCGCGCCAUGAUCUAUGCGCUGAUGACCUGCGCGGUGCUCUACGUCUGCGUCUGCUUGGUUCUCUGCGGAAUGCAGACCUUUGCGACCAUAGACACCUCUGCGCCAGUCUCUACUUCUUUUCAGCUGCAAGGUAUGGAAUGGGUUGUCAGCAUCGUUGACGUCGGCAGCUUUGCAGGGAUGCUCACGGGGUUAUUAGCAGGGGUCUAUGGACAAAGCCGCAUUUACUUCGCCAUGUCUCGGGACGGGCUGGCACCGGCAAUGCUUCAGGGUGCUUCCACGUGCGCGUGGUGGUGUGGCCUCGUCGCCGCGCUUCUGGCGGCCUUCUUCGACGUCAAGAGCCUGGCUGCCUUCUUGAACAUCGGAGUGCUGCUCUCCUAUGCCAUGACCGCAGCCUCAGUUCUGCUUAUCAACACCUGCUGCAAGACGCGAGAGAGGCCGAUGAUGUUUCUGGCCGCAUGCCUCUCCGGAGUUCUUUCAAUGGGUGGCCUCACCGGGAUGCUAGGAGGUGCCGGCUUGCUGGCCCUCUUUGUCUUUGCAUACUGCACCUGCAACUACAAGUGCGGCCCACCUAGCACCUUCAAAUGCCCGGGCACGCCGAUCAUACCGCUCAUCGCCUUGUGCGCCAAUGUCUACCUCAUGUGCCACCUCAAAAGCUUGGCCUGGAUUCGAUUGCUCGUCGUGAGCUUGCUGGUCUUCAUGGUUCACAGCAGCGCGGUUUGCCUGGGGGUGCUUGAUCCAAAGAAGGAUCGCAGGCUGGAACGCUCCGUCCAGCAGCUGGCAGUAGCGCGGGCGGGCUUGCAGCGACUGGGCUUUUCCGCCGUGGACACGGAUGGAGCCAUUGACGCCUUCGCUGUCCUAAACCGAGCUGUCUUGUGGAUCAUCCAGAGCCCUGAGAAGGAGGAUGACGAGGUGCUUGCUCGCAUGGACGACAAGGAGAAAGUUCUGGAGUUUUUGGCCGAUUUCCAUGACAGGAAGCCCAAGCAUCGCUCACGCGUCACAGCGCUGUGUGUACGACUGAUGGAGUUUGACUCUUGGCGAGAGGCCUUGGACAGCGCCAGCCCCUCGAUCUCCGCGACGCUGCACGCCAUGACGGGCCUGGCCGCAGCGCCUCCCGCCUCCGUGGCUGUGAACGUAGAGACGGCCGCAGAGCUGGCGGCUUCUCGAGGCUGCGUCGGUGCAAUCUACAUCAGGGUCAUCCGGGGGAAAGGGCUUGCCAGCGGCAAUGCCAACCCCUUUGUGCGCGUGGCCGUGGGGAGCAAAGUGCAGCGCACCGAGAGCUGUGAGGAUGAAGUCAGCCCGUGCUGGGACGCUGCUCCCUUUGUCUUUGAGGUUCCCAAAGAAGAUGCCGAAGUGACGCUGGAUGUGAUCAGUGGUGAUAUCACUGGAGAUCGCCACGUCGGAUCAGCGAAGUUUCUGCUGUCCGAUGUCCAAGCUGCUGCGGCGCCAAGGAUGGUGUCCACCCCUUUGAGUGGGGGUGGAGGGCUGGAGUAUGAGGUUCUCUUCAGACCAGCCCUUGCGAAAGCUGAGAGUGCUGGCUACAAUGACAAACGCGGCACAGGUUCGGUGUUGGCAGGACUUACAGCCGCAGUCUGGGACAUGGACGCGGCUGAAGUCCAGGAUGCUAGCAGCUGGAUUGUGUCCGGUGCAGGGAAGGCGUCUUCCAGGGUGCCCUCGCAGCGCGGCCUCAUUUGCCCUGCGGGGCAUGCCAUCGACAAGCGCAAGGAGGGAAUGUCCUGGCGCCAAAGCUUCAUUCACGGAGACACCAAGCUAUGCGACGUCUGCCGCAGAGAGAUUGCUCGUGCGGAGACGCGCUGGCGUUGCUUCCACCACUGCGACUUCAAUGUGUGUCAAGGCUGCUACGAGGCCAAGAAAGACGCCACUUAG